UAGUGGUCUCUCAGAAGACAGUUGCCGAAGCAGAAGCGCGAUGCCAGGAUCUGCAAGCCAGGUGGGAUCAUGCGUGCAAAGAGGGGUUCCCGGGGUCCAGAUCAGAGGGAAUCGGACUCGGACGGAGGGGGGGCAAUUUAGUAGCCCACUUCGAUGGGAACCUGAAGCAUUAUCCCAGUUUCAGAGCAGACGUCGUAUACGCGCUGCAUUUGCUUCGGAAAGACUUCAAAGAUGAGGAGGAGAAAGUAGGCUUUAUUGUGUCCCAUUUGCAUGGGGAAGCUAGAGCCUGGUUACGCAAUUUGUGGCGCGAAGAUGGUCCUGCCCGCAGGGACUCUGACGAAUUUAUCAAAGCCAUGGACGCUUGCUUCCAAUCUACCGUUGACGUUGAUGUGGCGCGCCGGGAGAUGCAUGGAUUGCGGCAGGGCAAGGCUACAGUGCGUCAGUACCAUUCUCGCUUUUUUGCAUUGCUGAAUGUGCUGGGCUGGGAAAAGGACUCACUGGCAGUGAGAGACUUGUUCUGGAAGGGGCUUCAUGGCUCCGUAAAAGAUGAGUUGGCCAGGGGGGACAGACCUCAAACCCUAGCAGACGUCGUGCAGAGGGCACUCACGAUAGGGGUGCGCCACGAAGAACGCCCUUGGCACAGUGAGGAGGGGCGCCACGUCCGCACACCAGCUAGAGCGCCUCCUUUUCUUCCCAGGGACCUGGGACGUACGCAUCCCUCGCCUCUGCUGAGGGAGGGGGAGGAACCAAUGGAGCUUGGUGGUGCAAAGGCUCAGACAGCUGCCGGAGCCUCAGCGUCCGGAGCAGUCAAGGCGAAGCCUCCUAGAGGGACCAGGAAGUGUUACAUCU